GCGCAAACUGUCGCGGACGCAAGGUGCACGCGCAGCCGACGCAUGAAGUGGAUUUACUGAAGACCUGCAUGGGGGAAACUCUGAGGCUUUAUUCCUGUUUUCCGUCGUCUGCCUCCGUUGGGCACCAUCCGGGAUCUGAAAUGGAACUGAAUCUGUCGAAGAACGUGAUUUCCUGCGCGGACGCAGGUGGGAUGAAUUCGGAGCGGGUCGUCGAGGCAGCGGCGGCGGCGCGCGACGCGGGCCCCGCGUUUCACUUACCGAGAGCCCCGAGCAGCGGCCGGGGGGGGUUAGAGAACUCCAGCAGCGAGUCCUCGGACGCGGAGCCGCCAGAGAAGGAGCGCGGCGCGGAGCCGCGCAGCGACGACGGGGCCGCGGACGACCCGAAGAAGAAGAAGCAGCGGCGGCAGCGGACGCACUUCACCAGCCAGCAGCUGCAGGAGCUGGAGGCCACGUUCCAGAGGAACCGCUACCCGGACAUGAGCACGCGCGAGGAGAUCGCCGUGUGGACCAACCUCACGGAGGCCCGAGUGCGGGUGUGGUUCAAGAACCGCCGGGCCAAGUGGAGGAAGCGCGAGCGCAACCAGCAGAUGGACCUGUGUAAGAGCAGCUACCUGCCGCAGUUCAGCGGGCUGAUGCAGCCGUACGAGGACAUGUACCCGACCUACUCCUACAACAACUGGCCCAACAAGGGGCUGGCCCCCGCGCCGCUCUCCUCCAAGAACUUCACCUUCUUCAACUCCAUGAGCCCGCUCACCUCGCAGUCCAUGUUCUCCGCGCCCAGCUCCAUCUCCUCCAUGACCAUGGCCCCCGGGAUGGGCCCCCCCGCCGCGCCGGGCCUCAACAACCUGAACGGCAUCGGCGCGUCCGGCAUCAACUCCGGCAUGUCGCCGUCCGCGUGCCCGUACGGGCCGCCCGGCUCUCCGUACAGCGUCUACCGGGACACGUGCACGCUCAGACUCAAGUCCAAACAGCACCCGACCUUCGGGUACGGCGGGCUGCAGAGCCCGGGCACGAGCCUGAACGCGUGCCAGUACAACAGCUGACGGGAGCAGCGGGAACGCCACCGGGAUGAUCAAAUAUAUCUGAAUAUAUGUGUGUGAUGAAAGGGACCGGGGAGGGGGGGACGGGG